AUGGAUGCUGUGCCUCGCCAGCUGGACACGAAGCUGGGUUCCAGUUUCGUUGGGGUAUGUGCCGCAUUCCAGGCUCUUUUCCUAUGCAGGGCCAUCUUUCUUUGCUUCUCCCGGCGGGACUACUUGCUGGAUGUGGCCCGAAGCAUUCUGAAGACGUUUGUGUGUUCAGGCUGUGGAAGCAAGCCUGCAGACGUGAGCGCCACGGAAGACGAGCAGCUUGUGAACCAGCAGAUUUGCGAACUACGCCUGCAGAUGGCACGUCUUUUCAUGCGAUACACGUGCGCGCUACUUGGCUUCUUUCUGUUCUUCCAGCAGCUACGAGUGCUUCAGGAUGCAGACCGAUGGAUUUCCAACAAUGCAAUGUGGCUUGUGGUUGCCUCGUUUGGCGCCAGUGGAUUCGUCAACCUGUUCUCAGCGCUGCUUACCGUGACUAACCUUGAUGUCGUGUAUGUUGUGAUUUCUCUGUGCUGCACGGUACAGUUGUCGCCAUGGCACGUAGAGCUGGCGGAUGCCACGCUCACGUCCAUCUGCAUUCUUGGCUUUGCCCGACUUCCUGCAAUUGCCAUUGCCGGUCGACCGAUCCUGGUGGUUGCACUCAAUGCAGCUCCAUUGGCAUUGGUGUCCUGUCGAAGCAUUUGGGAGGAAGUGCCUCCUUCAUUUGUGAAUGCUGAGAUCAGUGGAUUUCUCGUCACUUCCUUGGCUUCCCUGUCCUUGCAAGCAGGUCUCAAGCGUCGCACAGAGCAUGACUUGCUCUACAGCAAGAUGGCCACAAACCUUAAGGCAGCCUCUUCGUUGCUGGGCUUGACCUGUGAUGCCGUGGUUGAGUUGGACGGCGAUCUUCGGGUAGUUCAGGACUCUGCAGCCCUUGCAGCGAUGCUUCUAUGUGCAGGCUCCACACUUGCUGGUAGGGACUUCAGGGACUUCGUGCAGAAAUCUGACGCAGACCAAGCCCUGGAGCUUCUGAAGCGCUUCGACGGCUCUCAACCUGAUGUCAACACACAAGCUUUCCACACGCGCCUGCAGGACUGUGAUUGUAACAAGAUUCCAACAGAAGUGUUUCAAGUUGUGUACCGCACAACCCGCGGUGAAGCUCGUCAUUUGAUCGGCCUUCGUGAUGUUACAGAUCAGGGAUGUCUGGUCCGGGGGAAAUCUGCGGACAGCUCUGAUAUUCAGCUGUCAUACCCUAUGAUGCCCGUGGAUACCUUGACGCCCAUGACUUCGCAGUCUGUGUCAACUGCGGCAGUGUCCUUCUCCGCUACUGGGCCGCAGGCCCUGCCAAGCUCACAGCGCAAUGUCAGUGUCACCCGCGUCCAAAAUAAGCUCUUAUUCAUGCAGAUGGAUAUGGAUCGGCGUGUCGUCAGCACAUCAUCGCGUGCUAUCUGCGUAGGCCGGACUCUUGUCGACCUGUUCUCAGCUCGCGGCGCAGAGGUUUUGCAAAGUGCCUGGGCGGAAGCGAGCGAGAGUGCGACACUGAGUAUGGCCUUUAGAAUCAAAUCUUUGUAUCUACAACUCAGCAUGUCCGCGAAGGAGUACGUCAGCGGCACGCUGCAGCUAGUCCAGACAGCUAGUGGCAGUCUGCAGCUGAUGCUGCUAUGCCUGACACCUCCAAGCCUCGAAGAUCCGAUGGAAAGCAGGGCAAGUUCGGUCCGCCCACUGCCGGACAUUCAUGAAGCAAGACGCGAGGGCCUACAUCGGACGGAGGAGGAAAUUGAAGGCUUCGUGAGGGUUAGCCUAUGA